CAUGAAUCUUCAGCUCUCAUCGAGUCCCUCUACUCUAGAUCCAAGCAGCUAGAGAACCAACUUCAUGCUCGCACUCUUUCUUUUGUCCACGAGCGUUUAUGUUACUCUACCGUACAUAUUCCCGCAUGGCCUGCGGGAGCGGAGUCGAUUAGCUAUUUUUAUUUUUAAUGCUCCCCUUUGUCCUGCUUCCGAAUCGCAUGCGCAGCGCAUCGCAGCCCGUCCAGCCUCCGUCCCUUCUUUUCUCCCUUCGAAAGAAAAUCCGGACGGACUUCUCGGCGGUUCUGGACCUGCCACCCGUGGGCGGUUCGUUUGACUGACUGACUGACACCCAUGUCUUUCCUUCCCUUCUUUCCUUCUUCCCUUCUUCCCUUCUUCCCUUCUUUCCUUCUUCCCUUCUUUCCUUCUUCCCUUC